AGGGACAACCCGCUCUCUACAUCGAUUGGAACCAACCCUUUAUAGGGGCACAUUCAUUACUGUUAUGGAUGAUCUAUGGCCGCCGUGUGCCAACCCCUUCUUCUGUCCCUGGUCGUUCGUGUCUUGUCUACGAUGGCUUAUUGCCGGAUUCACCAGAGCUCCUCAGCCUUUUCUUUAUCGUCCACGGCAAUCUUGCUUGCCAUUCUGUAUGUUCCUAUACCGCAAUGGUUACGUUUCGCAUAAUGUGUCAGUUGACGCUCAUUGUGUACCAUAAGCCGCCUGCCUCCAUGCGAUAGAGGGCCAAGCAUCACUGCACUGCAUUAGACAUGGUUUGCAUAUCAUUCGCUUGCAAGCACCACCAAAUAACGAAUCAAAAUCAAACACCAAAAACAUUUCAAACUGAAACCCAUUCGCUCCAUGUUUUUACACCUCCUGCCUGCUCGAGACGACUCCCCGCAUACGCAUACAUCCUGUCGUCCGACCUCACCAGUACAGUCGAUCUGUGUCUUAGUAGUCAUGCCGCUCCACCAAGUGGAGCUAUACAUUGUGCAAAUAAGAUAUUACGGAUAAAUUGUGCGCGCUGUCUGUACCUCAGUCACGCCCAGUUCUCUGGCCCUGCAGGCUGCGAUCCUCCAGAACAGGGAUGGCACACGAAGCGAAAGGGGGAUGCGCACGCACAUCCGCGAACUCUUCCCCCAUGUCAAUUUUCGGCUUGGCGGGAUUCCGAGCCUGGUUCGCAAGCCGAUGGGUUCAGCUUGGUGAGGAACCAAAGGCGGAUGGUUCGAGCGUGCCGUCUUCCUUUACGAGGUUGGGGUUGGGAUUGGGGGAGAAUUCGAGAAUUGCAGUAGGCCGGUAAGCGCUAUGUACCGUGCUGAUGGUUUGGACCUG